AUGAAGCUUCCAUCAUGGCUGAGUACUUCAGCCUUCGACCUGCCGCCUUCAAUUCGAGCUGGUGUUUUGUUGACAUCUCUCGCACAAAUCUCUCGUGCCAUCACUUUCAACCCAGUUCCUAGUCCCGACCUCGAUCUCUCGGCGCUGGGAUCAGUUGGUCUUGCUGGUGAUUUCAAUGGAAUCUCCCUAUAUCAAUUCGCAGGCCAGAGUGAAGCUGGAUUCAGUACGAAUGGCAGUCAGUCCGUCUUAUCAAGAUUUCCAAAUGGCGGUUUCGCGAAUCUGGCAGCUGCAGACGCGGGAAUUCAGGCAAUGUGCACCUUUAUUCUCUCAUCGGGCUCAAUGGCAGGUGUGGUAAUUGGAGGCAAUUUCACCAGUUUGGGCGGCAUAGAAUCGCCAGGGGCUGCUCUAUUCAAUCCCAAUACCUCUGCCAUCACACCUCUAACCGGACUUUCUGGACAAGUCUCGGCAUUGCUCUGCGAUGAAGCUUCAAACACAGUCUAUGUUGGAGGCAGCUUCAAGGGCGCUAAUUCGACUAACGCGAUUGCCUGGGUUGGUACGGCUGGCUGGACAAAUCUCCCAUUCUUAGGCUUCAAUGGACCCGUCACAUCCAUCACCAAAGCUUCAAAUGGUCAUAUAAUUUGGGGAGGUUCAUUCACAGGACUGGGAAAUGCUACUGGCCCGAGUCUUCCAGAUCAACAGGUCAUCAACAUCUCUGGAGCAAAUAUUACAAGCGGUUCAUCAAGCACAACCACUGGCUUCAGCGACCCCACUAAUAUCGUUUGCAAGACAAGCGGAACUGAUGGAGCUGGCAAUACCUGGCUGCUUGCUGACAACACCCCUGGCUUCUGGAAGGCAACAUUCCAGUUUGGAUUUCAGCCUACGAAGCUAAGAUUGUGGAACACUCAUCAGGAUGGACGGGGAACACAGACCUGGCGAUAUACAGCCAUGCCAAUCAACGGUAUCAUGAACUUCACCUAUAUUGAUCCGGUAACUGGCCAGAAUGCUUCCUGCUCUUCAGAGUGUCCCUUGAGCAAUAACAGCAGCGUUAAGUACCAGGACUUCCACUUCGUCAACGUUAUCGGCAUGAAUGCUUUCCAGAUUGACCUUUCGGCCUGGUAUGGCAGUGGAGGAGGCUUAGAUGGAAUCGAACUAUUUGAGAAUGAUAUCUUCGCCUACGCGAUCAACGACUUUGACGAGCCUGCUUGCGCCUCGAUCUCGGACGCUUCGAACGCCACUACCACGGGACCGUGGGUGGUAUCACCUUCUCAUUCAAGCGUAUCCGAGUACCUCACUGCUUCGCUGAUCGGAGGCUCAACUGAGGCUUCAGUAGUUUUCCUGCCAGAUAUCAAGCAGUCUGGUAACUAUUCCGUCAACAUGUAUACGCCAGGGUGCAUUCAGGAUAACUCGUGUUCGAAUCGUGGCCAGGUCAACAUUACAGGUCUUAUGUCAACUGGUACGGACAGUACGGGGUUCACGACUUCGAUUUUCCAAACCAACAACUUUGAUAAGUACGAUCAAAUAUAUUUCGGCUAUAUCGAAGCAGGUAGCAGCUCCUUCCGACCUUCGGUAACUCUCUCGCCUUUAGCCGGUCAAAACCUGCAGAACCUCACCAUUGUUGCUCAGCGUGUCGGCUUCACUCUCAUCUCGUCUAGCGGUGGACUUAACAACAUAUUCGAGUAUGAUCCUACCCAAGCCACGAUUAAUACUGCCGACUUCUCCAACUCGACCUUCGACGUGGCUGGCAUGAGUCUUCCAACAGGAUCUGGUGUCAAUGCGCUUCAGACAUCUGGGACUACCACGUUCGUGGGUGGGAAUUUCAGCGCUAACAAUUUGGAUAACAUCUUCUCGGUAACGAGCACCGGUACCACCCCCCUUACUGGCAGUGGUCUCAAUGGCGAGGUCAUCACAAUGUUCUUGAACGGCACUCUUCUUUACGUUGGCGGCAAGUUUUCCAAUACCAGCACAGGCGGAAACACUGGCUUGAACAAUGUAGCAGCGUACGAUAUAUCGAAAAACACCUGGACUGCUCUUGGAGCCGGUGUGAAUGACUUGGUGACGAGCAUUGUGCCUCUAUCGAUGAAUAUCACCACCAACGUCCCUGAGACUGUCAUUACCUUGACUGGAGACUUCACCGAGAUUCUUGCAACAGGCAGUAAUAGCUCAAUCGCCGUCACUGGAUUUGCUGUCUGGGUCCCAUCCAAGAACAAUUGGUUGCGGAACUUGAAUACUGCAAGUAUGGGAAUUACAGGACAACUUACUGCUUCUGUUGAUCUCCCCGGAGGCGGCAAUAUUUUCUCUGGAUCUUUGUCUACUUCUGAGCUUAGUGCAAGUGGUGCAGUGGCACUUUCAGCAGGACUUAGCGCUUUACCCGUACACAUCCAGCCUACUGAAUCGCAAUCCUCGAGCACCCUCACGAAAAGAGCCACUACCAGUCAAAAUAUCAGCGGCGUUGUCACUGGUCUAUUUUACAGCAACGGUGGACGCAACGUCACUGUCCUUGGUGGCCAGUUUACUGCGACAGGCACGAAUGGGUCAGCUGUUAAUAACCUGCUUUUCAUCAAUGGGUCUGACUCUAACACGGUCACCGGUGUUGGUCCUUCCUUAUCAAAUGACUCUACAAUCUUAGCUGUGGCUCUCGAAGGAGACACUCUAUUUGCUGGAGGCUCUCUCACUGGAACAGUAAAUGGCAAUAGUAUCACUGGCUUAAUAUCAUUUGAUCUCAUCACUUCCUCCUUCGGAACCCAGCCUCCAUCGCUGUCUGGUGGAAACGUCAACUCAAUAUCUACCAGGCCUAAUACAAAUGAUGUCUACGUUGGUGGAAGCUUCACUGCAGCAGGUUCACUCAGUUGUCCUGCUGUAUGUGUUUUUUCUACAGGGGUCGCGCAAUGGAACCGGCCAAGUAAUACAUUGGAAGGUACUGCCAACGCCAUGAUCUGGACUAGCACAAGCGCAUUACUAGUGGGCGGAACUCUCACAGUCAAUGGUGUUGAUACCUCUCUCGCUACCUACGAUGCGAAAUCACAGACAUGGGCAGUCGCUGCAAAUUCUACUGGCGUCCCAGGACCAGUCAGCGCAAUCACGCCGGCGAGCAGCGACAAUAGCCAGUUCUGGAUCGCUGGCACUGCAACGAAUGGCUCCGCAUUCCUUAUGAAAUUUGAUGGCACGAGUUUCCAAUCCCCUGGGAGUAGUUUCGGAACUGGCAGUGAGAUUCGAGGUCUCCAAGUCCUUUCGCUGACAAAGAGUCAUGGAUCCACGGCUCUCGUUUCCGCCAGUCAGACUUUAAUGAUCAUGGGUGCUUUGAACAUACCAGGAUUUGGCAAUGCCUCUUCUGUGCUGUUCAAUGGCACCACCUUCCAACCUUUCGCUUUAACAACAAGCGCAUCUAAUACAGGUGGAAGCUUGUCUCAAAUCUUUGUCCAGAAUCAAAAUUUCUUCUCCAACUCUGGUGGCAAACUCGCCGUAGGCUUCAUUGUAUUGAUCGGACUUGGUAUCGCACUUGGCACCAUCUUCCUCUCAGUUGUCUUUGGCAUUGUGGCUGAGCGCAUCCGGAAGAAGCGCGAAGGCUAUAUUCCAGCCCCCUCUGCGGCCUUUGACAGGAGCCAAGGCUUCGCCAGAGUCCCUCCUGAGCAAUUAUUUGGCUCGCUAGCAGGUGGUCGCAGCGCUGUUGAGAAGCAAAGCACGAGACUCUGA